AUGGAGGACGAAAAACUAAUAGAAUGUGUACGUAAAUAUGAGUUUAUAUAUAAUUUACAACAUCCGAAGUAUAUGGAUAGUGUAAAAAAAGAAAUGGCUUGGAAGGAUAUUUCGGAACAACUAAAACAACCAGCUGCAGCUUGCAAACAAAGAUGGCAAGGGCUAAGAGAUGCAUACAGACGAGCAUUAAAUAAGAAAAAAGGCAAAAGUGGACAAGCAGCGAAAAACAUUAAGAAAUGGAAGUAUGAAGAUGAAAUGGCUUUUGUUGCUUCGUUCUUUGUCGAGAGAAAAUCUUUAGAAUCCGUUGAGCUGACAAGUGACGAUGAAGAGUCACAGCCGAAUAGCGAUACAGGAACUGAAAUUCAGAACCAUCACUACAGCAAUGAGAUCGAUAAUACUGUUGAUAAUGCUGCUGCAGAAAAUAUUACAGCCACCGAAAUUCAGAACGAAAAUGACAUUACUGCCAGUAACAAAUCCUCACAACCACUACUCAGUCAAGCAAAAAAGGAUGAUAGUAAUGACACUGCUUACUCAGGAUCAACAAUUAAUGAAGAAAUAGAUAAAAGCAUAGCUAUCUUUGAAGAUGAUCCAGAAGAAAUAGCUCCAACAUGA